CCCCGCCCGCCCGCCCCUUUCUUUUGUGUUGGCGCCUCGACCUGCCGCCCGGCGCUCCGAGCAAUGGCUACAGAAGUGGUGUGCGGGCUCAUCUUCCGCCUGCUCCUGCCCCUCUGCCUGGUCGCGGCAUGUGCAUUCCGUUACAAUGGGCUGUCAUUUGUCUACCUCAUUUACCUCUUGCUCAUUCCCCUGUUUUCAGAACCCACAAAAACAACAAUGCAAGGGCAUACAGGACGGUUAUUAAAAUCCCUAUGCUUCACCAGUCUGUCAUUCCUGCUGCUGCACAUAAUCUUCCAGAUCACAAUAAACAGUCUUGAAGCUGGAAAAAAAAUUGAACCCAAUUUUAACUGUUCAACAUGGGAGAAAACAUUACGACAGAUUGGUUUUGAAAGUGUGAAGGGAGCAGAUGCCGGCAAUGGGAUCCGAGUGUUUGUUCCAGAUAUUGGGAUGUUCAUUGCUAGCUUGACCAUAUGGCUUGUCUGCAGAAAAGUUGUUCAGAAACCAGUGACAGAGGAUGCAGCCCAAUACAACAUGCAAUUUGAAAAUGAAGAAAUGGCUGGAAGGGAAAAGUUAGAGCCAGAUGAUGCAAUGAUAUAUGAAGAUUUGGAUGUUGAAGGCUGUGAUGGGGAAGAAUUUGAAGAAACCACAAAAUUAAAACUACUGCGUAGAAUUGCCUCAUUGGCGUCUAAACUGAAAGAGUUAAUUGGCAAAAUUAUAACCACCGCUGGAAAAGUUGUUGUGACAAUUUUACUUGGUUCAACAGGUAUGAUGUUGCCAUCUUUGACCUCAGCUGUGUAUUUCUUUGUGUUUUUGGGACUGUGUACAUGGUGGUCCUGUUGCCAAGUAUUUGAUCCGCUGAUAUUCAGCUGUCUGUGUGUAUUAAUGGCUAUAUUCAGUGCGGGGCACUUGAUUGGACUUUAUCUGUACCAGUUACAGUUCUUUCAGGAAGUUGUCCCACCAGGUGAUUUCUAUGCAAGGUUAUUUGGGGUCUCUGCAAUUGUCCAAACAAACUGUUCAAGUACCUGGAGGAUCAUAGCAGGUGAAGAAAAUGUCUGGUAUCACUAUGUCAACCCCAUUUUAUUGUUGGUGAUGUACUAUACCCUAGCAACUCUUAUUCGUCUUUGGCUACAGGAACCCAUAGUAAAGGAGACAGAUGAUGAAGAUAAAUCUGAUAACAGGGAAGAAGACAAGGAACCAGCCUGCAGCUCAGCUCCAAUGGAAGCCAAGAGAAGACGCAGUUUGUGGUAUGCUAGUCACUACCCAACUGAUGAGAGAAAACUUCUGUCAAUGACCCAAGACGAAUACAAGCCAUCAGAUGUCUUGCUGGUAACAGUGAAUGGAACGCCUGUAGAUUAUCACACUAUUCACCCCACACUUCCCAUGGAGAAUGGACCAGCCAAAGCAGAUAUGUAUUCAACACCACAAUAUAAAUGGGAACCAUCAGAUGAUAUGUCAGAAAAGAAAGAGGAGGAGGAAGAAGAGGAGGGGGAAGAAUUUAUUGAGGAAGAAAAAGAAAAUUCAAAAGUCCAUGCCAUGGUUUCUGUAUUCCAUUUUAUCAUGAAGCAAAGUUACAUUUGUGCUCUGAUUGCAAUGAUGGCUUGGAGUAUCACAUAUCACAGCUGGUUGACUUUUGUGUUAUUGAUCUGGUCCUGUACACUUUGGAUGAUUCGUAAUCGAAGGAAAUAUGCUAUGAUCAGUUCACCAUUCAUGGUUGUUUAUGGAAAUCUACUCUUAAUGUUGCAAUAUAUCUGGAGUAUUAAACUCCACAAGCAUGAGCUUCCAGAAAUUGCAGACUUUUUAGUAAGGAAAGCACCUGGGGAACUAGCAUCUAAGAUUCUUUUCACGAUUACUUUCUGGCUACUGCUUAGGCAACACCUCACAGAGAAGAAAGCACUUCAGCUAAAAGAAGCAUCUUUAUCUGAGGUCAAAAUUGGCAGCGAUGAAGAAAAUGAAGAGAAAGAAGAUGAAUUGCAAGAAAGAGAAGUUCCAGCGGAAGAAGAGGAAGAUGAAGAUGAUGAACAGGAUAUUAUGAAAGUCCUGGGAAAGCUGGUGAUGGCUAUGUUCAUUAAAUACUGGAUUUAUGUCUGUGGGGGAAUGUUCUUCUUUGUCAGCUUCGAAGGUAGAAUUGUCAUGUACAAAAUCAUCUACAUGAUGCUCUUCUUGUUCUGCGUGGUCUUAUAUCAGGUGCACUAUGAAUGGUGGAGACGAAUCCUGAAAUAUUUUUGGAUGUCAGUGGUUGUUUAUACUAUGCUGGUACUUAUUUUCAUCUACACAUACCAGUUUGAAUCAUUUGGUUCCUUGUGGAAGAAUAUGACAGGACUGGAUGAAAAUAAACUAGAAGAUCUCGGUUUAGAACGGUUUUCGGUGGCUAUGCUAUUCACACGAAUCUUCAUACCAACCUCCUUCCUAUUAGUGUGUAUAUUACACCUUCACUACUUCCAUGACCAUUUUCUUCAGCUCACUGACUUAAAAGCUGUAACCAGUAAACAAGACAACACUAUUUACAGACUGGUACACCAAGAUGGGAGUCUGCCUGACAUAACCAUGAUGAGUUUAACUGCUGGCAAUGAAAAGGAAGAGGAUAAAAAUCUGGAAGAGCAUGGAGACAAAAGCACAGAAAAAAGCAGUGAGGAGGGAAGGGAAGGUGAAGAUGAAAAGGAAAAAGACAAAGAGAAAGAGGAAGAUGAAGAUGAGGAUGAUGAUUCAGAAGCAGAAGAAACUACAGAUUUGAAAAACAAGUGGCAUCUGGUGAUUGACCGCCUCACAGUGCUCUUCUUGAAAUUCCUGGAAUAUUUUCAUAAGAUGCAAGUUUUUGUAUGGUGGCUUUUAGAACUUCACAUUAUCAAAAUUGUUUCUUCUUACAUCCUUUGGGUCACUGUGAAAGAGGUGUCUUUGUUUAACUUUGUAUUUGUGAUUGCCUGGGCUCUUGCUUUGCCAUAUGCUCAGCUUCGCCCAUUGGCAUCAAGUAUCUGCACUGUUUGGACAUGCGUGAUUAUCAUCUGCAAAAUGUUAUACCAGCUCACAUCUAUUAAUCCUGCCACCUUUUCCAGUAAUUGCACAAGGCCUUGGGAAAAUGAAACUAAUGCAAAAAAAGAAGAGCUAAAAUCAUCAGUCCUCUACAGUGGGCCUGUUGAUCCAGCGGAAUGGGUUGGAUUAAGAAAGUCUGAUUCCCUGCUUGUAUACUUGAGGAAUAACUUACUGAUGCUGGCUAUUCUAGCCUUUGAAGUUACAAUUUACCGGCAUCAGGAGUAUUACAGAUGUCGAAAUAAUCUUACUGCACCUGUGACUAAAACCAUUUUCCAUGAUAUUACAAGAGUGCAUUUGGAUGAUGGAAUUUUAAACUGUGCCAAGUAUUUUAUAAAUUACUUCUUCUACAAGUUUGGUUUGGAGACUUGUUUCCUAAUGUCAGUUAAUGUUAUUGGUCAACGAAUGGAUUUCUAUGCCAUGAUUCAUGCCUUCUGGUUAAUUGCUGUAUUAUAUCGACGCAGAAGAAAAGCCAUUGCAGAGAUCUGGCCAAAGUAUUGCUGUUUUCUAGGAUGCAUCAUUAUAUUCCAGUACUUCCUCUGUAUUGGCAUUCCACCUGCUCCGUGUAAAGACUACCCAUGGAGAAACCCUCAGACUAGCUUCAACUCCAAUAUCAUAAAGUGGUUAUACUUCCCAGACUUCAUUGUGAGACCAAAUCCUGUCUUUCUUGCCUAUGAUUUCAUGUUGCUGCUGUGUGCAUCCUUGCAAAGACAAACAUUUGAGGAUGAAAAUAAAGCUGCUGUGCGAAUCAUGGCUGGGGAUAAUGUGGAAAUUUGCAUGAACCUAGAUGCAGCAUCAUUCAGCCAGCACAACCCUGUUCCUGACUUCAUUCAUUGCCGAUCCUACUUAGAUAUGUAUAAAGUGAUAAUAUUUAGUUACCUCUUCUGGUUUGUGCUUACUAUAAUCUUCAUCACGGGUACUACAAGGAUCAGCAUAUUCUGCAUGGGUUACUUGGUGGCCUGUUUCUAUUUCCUUCUCUUUGGUGGAGAUCUAUUAUUGAAACCUAUCAGAAGCAUUCUGCGUUACUGGGACUGGCUGAUUGCAUAUAAUGUCUUUGUGAUUACAAUGAAAAACAUUCUUUCGAUAGGAGCAUGUGGCUACAUUCACGCAUUAAUCAACAAUAGUUGCUGGUUGAUUCAAGCAUUUAGUCUGGCAUGUACAGUUAAAGGUUACAAGAUGCCUGAAGAUGAUUCAAAAUGUAAAUUGCCUAGUGGUGAAGCAGGAAUUAUCUGGGACAGUAUUUGCUUUGCUUUCCUGUUAUUGCAAAGAAGAGUGUUCAUGAGUUAUUACUUCCUACAUGUGGUUGCAGAUAUAAAAGCUUCACAGAUCCUGGCAUCAAGAGGUGCUGAACUUUUCCAGGCCACAAUUGUCAAAGCUGUCAAGGCCAGAAUUGAAGAAGAGAAAAAAUCAAUGGACCAACUGAAGAGACAGAUGGACCGCAUCAAAGCCAGGCAACAGAAAUAUAAAAAGGGUAAAGAAAGAAUGCUGAGUAUGAAUCAAGAAUCAAUAGAGGGACAAGACAUUCAAAAAGUUUCUGAAGAAGAUGAUGAAGGAGAAGCAGACAAAGAGAAAGCCAAGGGCAAAAAAAAGCUGUGGUGGCGGCCUUGGGUUGAUCAUGCUUCCAUGGUCAGAAGUGGAGAUUAUUAUUUGUUUGAGACGGAUAGUGAAGAAGAGGAGGAAGAGGAAAAAAAGGAAGAGGAAGAACCUCGGAAAAAAUCCGCAUUCCAGUUUGUUUAUCAGGCCUGGAUUACUGAUCCCAAAACUGCCCUCCGACAGAGACGCAAAGAGAAGAAAUGGUUUGGGAAGGCAGAGAAGCGGAGGCAAAAAGGACCUGGAGAUGCUGUUAUUGACGUGGAUUAUGAAGACAGAGAAGAGGAACCUGUCAAAAAGAAAUCAGACGGACCAGAUAAUAUCAUCAAAAGAAUAUUUAAUAUUUUGAAGUUUACUUGGGUCCUUUUUCUGGCAACGUUAGACAGUUUUACAGCUUGGCUGAACUCUAUUUCAAGAGAGCAUAUUGAUAUCUCUACAGUACUGAGAAUUGAACGAUGUAUGUUGACCAGGGAAAUUAAAAAGGGGAAUGUUCCAACUCGUGAGAGUAUCCACAUGUAUUACCAGAACCAUAUGAUGAACCUUUCUAAAGAAUCAGGACUGGACACAAUUGAUGAAGAUGCUGGUCAAGCUUCUGGUCUAGAGGCAUCUGAGAGGAUGGAUAGUUUAGAUUCAGCAGCUUCACGUGACAGUAUUUCCAGCUGCUACACUGAAGCAACCAUGCUGUUCUCAAGGCAGUCAACCCUUGAUGAUUUAGAUGGACCAGACACUGUUCCUAAAACAAGUGAGCGCGCUCGACCUAGGCUUCGUAAAAUGCACAGCAUGGAUAUGUCCUCUUCAUCAGCUGACAGUGGCAGUAUAGUGUCAAGUGAGCCUACCCAGGUCACCAUACUGUAUUCCCGUCAGGGGACAACAGAAACUAUUGAAGAAGUGGAAGGGGAGCAUGAGGAUGAUGGGGCACGUUUGGCAUCAAGGCAAGAGGAGGAGACAGAAGAUUACGGCAUGGAUUCAGAAGAGGUUGCAUGCACUCCGGAUACUGACAUGCAGUUGUAUUCUGUUGGGGAUGGCAAUGCUGAAGCCCCACCUUCGUAUAGCAAAGCAGUCAGCUUUGAGGAUAUUUCAGUUGGUUCUCAAGAUGACUCUGGUGGCAAGAGCCUCAUGUUAGUGAGCCCAGAUGAAAAGCCAAGUGACAAAUUGAAUGAUACCAUUCUCCCUCCACUGACUCAUGAACUAACUGCCAGCGAGUUGCUUCUGAACAAGAUGUUUCAUGAUGAAGAACUGGAGGAGUCAGAGAAAUUCUAUGUUGAUCAGCCUCGGAUAUUGCUUCUCAUUUAUGCCCUGUACAAUACGUUGGUGGCCCGGUCAGAAAUGGUGUGCUAUUUUGUGAUUAUUCUUAAUCACAUGAUCUCUGCUUCUAUGAUAACUCUUGUGCUUCCCAUACUUAUAUUUCUUUGGGCCAUGCUGUCUGUCCCCAGGCCUAGCAAGCGCUUCUGGAUGACUGCUAUUGUCUACACUGAGGUGGCUAUUGUUAUCAAGUAUUUCUUUCAGUUUGGCUUCUUUCCUUGGAAUAAACAUGUGGAGUAUACCAAAGAUAAACCUUACCACCCCCCCAAUAUUAUUGGUAUUGAGAAGAAAGAGGGUUAUGUGCACUAUGAUCUUGUUCAGCUCCUUGCUUUGUUCUUCCAUCGAUCCAUUUUAAAGUGCCAUGGGUUAUGGGAUGAAGAUGACCAAGGGGAUAAUGCCAGUAAUAAAGAGGACUCGGAUGACGAGCUUUCAGUGACAGCAGGCAGGAGGGAUUCUUCUGCUUCUUUGAAGUCCGUUAACCUUGCAGCAUCUGUGGAAUCUGUACAUGUCCACUUCCCAGAGCAGCAGACUGCCAUCAGAAGGAAAAGUUCUAGCAGCGGCUCACAACUUUCACAUAGAUCCAGCUUCUCCUCACACAGGUCAAAGAGAGGAAGCACCAGUACCCGAAACAGCAGUCAGAAAGGAAGCAGUGUUUUAAGCAUCAAGCAAAAAUCUAGAAAAGAGCUCCUUAUGGAAAAGUUUCGAGAACAAAUGAUCAAAGCCAAGGCAUUUACCAUUAAAAAGACUCUUCAGGUGUACAUUCCCAUCAGACAAUUUUUCUACAAUCUCAUUCACCCAGACUACAGUGCUGUUACUGAUGUUUAUGUGCUAAUGUUCCUCGCAGACACUGUGGACUUCAUUAUCAUUGUGUUUGGAUUCUGGGCCUUUGGGAAACAUUCUGCAGCAGCUGAUAUCACUUCAUCAUUAUCAGAGGACCAGGUACCAGAGGCAUUUUUAGUGAUGGUGCUCAUUCAGUUUGGGACCAUGGUGGUAGACCGAGCACUGUAUCUCAGAAAGACAGUCAUGGGAAAAGUCAUCUUCCAGGUCAUCCUUGUUUUUGGGAUACACUUCUGGAUGUUCUUUAUCUUGCCCGGAGUGACAGAGAGAAAAUUUAGCCAAAAUACUGUUGCCCAGCUCUGGUAUUUUGUGAAAUGUGUUUAUUUUGGAUUAUCAGCAUAUCAAAUACGUUGUGGUUAUCCAACCCGUGUUCUAGGCAACUUCCUCACAAAAAGUUACAACUAUGUAAACCUCUUCUUAUUUCAAGGAUUCCGCCUGGUUCCAUUUUUGACUGAGCUGAGAGCAGUAAUGGACUGGGUUUGGACUGACACCACUCUGAGUCUUUCCAGCUGGAUCUGUGUAGAAGAUAUCUAUGCUCAUAUAUUCAUCCUAAAGUGUUGGCGAGAGUCAGAAAAAAGAUACCCUCAACCUAGAGGCCAGAAGAAAAAGAAAGUUGUGAAGUAUGGAAUGGGUGGCAUGAUUGUCGUCUUGCUGAUUUGUAUUGUCUGGUUCCCGCUACUCUUCAUGUCUUUAAUCAAAUCUGUUGCAGGCGUCGUCAACAAGCCUCUUGAUAUAUCAAUCACAAUAACCCUAGGAGGUUAUCAGCCUAUUUUUACAAUGAGUGCUCAGCAGAACCAGCUCAAGGAUAUGGGUGACAGUGAUUUCAACGAGCUUCUAAAAUAUUAUUCGGGUAAUACUGGAGCUUUGCAGUUUCUAGAAAACUAUGGAAAAGAAGAUAUAACUAUAGCAGACCUAGAAGGAAAUUCAAACUCUUUGUGGACCAUCAGCCCUCCCAGUAGAGAAAAAAUGAUAAAGGAUCUCCGGGACUUUUCUGCUAAAUUUGCUGUUGUUCUUUCAUGGAGUAUUCAGAGAAACCUCAGUCUUGGUGCAAAAUCAGAAAUAGCAUCAGAUAAGCUGUCCAUUUAUUUGCCAGAGGCAACCAGAGAAAAAAUUGCCGCCAUGAUGUCUCGAGAGUUAGUAGAAAAUGUGACCUUAGAAGACGUAUAUCCAUACUACAUCAAGGCACCUAGUGAUUCUUUGGCAAAACCCAUAAAGCAGCUACUGAAAGAUGGAAAGAGGGACAACAUCACAGUUUCCUUGAUCGAAAAUAACUCCAGUGAGUGGUGGAUCUUGAAUCAGGUUGGAAAGAGAUCUAAAACACCUAGACCCAGCCUUGAACUCUUUGUAUUCAGUGACAAAGUUAGCCCACCCAGUCUUGGAUUCCUAGCUGGCUAUGGUAUCAUGGGACUUUAUGCCUCAGUUGUCCUGGUGAUUGGAAAGUUUGUCCGUGAGUUCUUCAGUGGGAUCUCUCACUCCAUCAUGUUUGAGGAGCUCCCAAAUGUGGAUCGUAUCUUGAAGUUGUGUACUGACAUUUUCUUAGUACGAGAGACUGGGGAACUGGAACUAGAGGAAGACCUAUAUGCCAAAUUAAUAUUCCUCUACCGCUCACCAGAGACUAUGAUCAAAUGGACUAGGGAAAAAACUAAUUGAUCUCUGGCAUUUCACUACGAAUCAAGUUGACUUCAUCUGAAUUUAAACACAAAAGCACAAUAUUCUCAUAAGAGCUAAUUCUUUUCUAGUUAGGUAGCCGUGAUUUUUCACUGAUGGAAUCCUGGAAGCUACAUCUUGAGGAAUCCAUGCUGCCUUUCAAAUUAAGGAUAAAUGGUGAAGAAGGUGUUUGAUUUUGUUUUUUUACAAUGCCACUCCUGUAAUCUGAGGACCUUGCUUUGUAAUUUAGUCAAAAAAUGUUUUGCAUCCAUGUCUGGUUAAGUAAGACUUCUAGACAUCAAUUUGUACCUGUAAAGAGCAAGGAGUGACCCUGCAGAUGACAUUACUGUACCUUCUUCACAUGUUCAGGAGUGAUAUAAUUUGGAUUGUGCAAUAUGCUGUUAUAUGUCACUGACUUCCAAGCCACAGUAAUGGGAAUCUGACUGGCCUUCAGGACACCCGAGACAAAAUGCCAGAGUGGAAGCCGAAGAAAAUCUAGCCAUGCCCAUUUAUAAAAAAGCUGAGGUUUCAAAGACUCUGCAGACAAGCCUCUGUCAGCAAAAAGAAAACAAAGUGACAAUUUCUUUAACUGCCUUAUUUUAUUUGUACAGUCACAGGAGACAUCUCCAUGAAACAUCAAUGACUUUUCUCAGGAAAAAAAAUCAACGUUUAACUAAUGGCUAGAUCAAUGAUGAUGAAAAAUUGGGAUGUUCUGAAGGGCCACCCUCUCAAAAAUGACUGCUUUCCAUUAGAGAGGAAAAGAAAAGCCAGUCAAAAGACAUAAGGAUAUGUUUUGUUUCUUAUAACCCUUUGAAGACUGAAAUGUCUGUGCUUCUCUCUUCUCUCCACAACAUGCAUUUUCCCAUUUCAAUGAUUCAAGGCAACAGUUUUGCUGUUAUCUGAUAUUUUCCUUCCAGUGUUUCAGGUAUACAAAAAAUGUUUACAUAUUCCAACUCACAUUUUUACAUCCGAGACGGGUUUUUUAAGUUCCCAAAUGUAGAAGUACAUAUGAGCUUGAAAAAAUGGCCUUUUCUUAAAAUUAUUAUUAUUGAUGACACAAAUGGUUUGUUAGAGAACAUUGUAGCAUGAAAAUUUAUGAUUGUAAUGUAGGUUUCAUUCCAUGUUAAAAAAAUGCAAUUUCUGAGGGGAAAAACCUCACUGAGGGAGUAAGGUAUGUUAAAAGGUUAUACUGUGUAGUUUUGACUCAGUAAUGACUUAAAAUAAAGCACAUGUUGCAAAGUCA